UCGUUUUUCUAUCAGUGCGUCUAUUAGUAUUAAGGAUGUUCGUGUAAUUCGGUUCGGAUUCAAACUUUUUAAAGUUCAGUGAUUAUAAUACUGGUUUAACUAUGAGUGAUUCUCCAGAUUCCGAUGCAACAAAAGAGCUAGGACAAGAUAAAAACAAACAAGUAUUAUUUGUUACUCUACUUGAAAGUUAUCAAAUUUUAUUUGAUAAAAAGAUGACACCAAAAAUUAAAAACGAAAAAGAAGAUGCACUAAAAAAAUUAACAACUGGUUUUAAUAAAAUAAUGGGAAAAAACCUAGACACAAAACAAAUUUUGAAAAAGUUUAAAAACAUGAAAACAAAGGUUAAGAAAAUAGUUGACUUGAAAAAAAGUGGAAAUAAAAGAAUUGUGCUGACGGAAUGGCAAAAAAAAUUCUACGACUUAUGGAAUGUAGGAGAAAACCCAGUUCUACACAGAGUACCAGGUGCAUGUCAGGCCGGUGUAAGCAAUGAGAUUGAUGUUUCCUUCCAAAACAGUGAAGAUAACUUCCUCAGUUCUAAAUCUGGCUCCAAGCAAGUUAAAGUCAUGACACCUAAAGGUUCUAAAGCAGCUGAUAAGGAGGAGACACUUAUUCAACUACAAAACACCUGUCUACAAAAAAAAAUUGAAGCAGCCGAAUCCCAAAUUUCUGCUUCUCGAGCUCAACAGUCUUCAGCCGAAGCUCAGGAACGGGCCGCGAUUGCAUUGGUAAAUUUUGCCAAAGCUGGUGGGCAGUUAGUUGACCAUUUAAUUAGGCGGGACAUGUUGGAUUAUUAACAGGAAUAUAAAAUCUACGUAUGAACCCAUAAUUUAAAUAUAAUAUGAGGGUUAGGUAUUCACCAUCGGUUGCCUUAAUGUAUGAUAUCCCCCAACAUACAUUAUUAAUGAUGUCCUCAGAGAGAAAAGCGUUUUAACAAAAGAUGGCGAAUGCGCCGGAAUAAGGGAUCUGAUUUGCUAUUUUAAAGCUGUUGAAUAAUAUUUUUAUUUAAAGAUAUAUAUUUCAACUUUUUCUUCAAUAAUUAAAUUUGGUUUUUUUUUCAUAGAAAUUAUU